CCUUGUUAUUGGCGCAGGUUCAAGGGAGGGCGUGGAUGCUCGAAGCCAAUCGCGAGUUCCUCGCGAGGGAUGGUGGGACCACCUGACCACCAAGGGGGUUGAAAAGGGGAUUCGGGUGGUUUGCGCCAGAUGCCCGAAAGAAGCGACACGCCUCCGUAACGAGGGGGUGGAAGUAGGCACCUCAUCUUAAAUCGUCGCGCGUUUACAACGGGGGAAUAAGCCGGGGAGUUUGGAAGCCGACCUGCACGGACGACGUCGCGUGCACUUCCUGCCUGGUCUUGAGCUGAGCGGUAGCGCCGCCGCGAGAGCGCCGACGAGGCAGCGAUUUAAACGCGACGUCAGAAGAAGGAGGCCCCGUAUCAGCUUCUGUUUUUCCAUCUUUUUUCCCAACCUUGAUUCUUUGUCUGCAGGCCAUGCUGCUCCAGGUCGGGGUGCUGCGGGCGGGUCUCGGCCUGCUAGCCGUCCGCAGGGCUCGAUGGCCUUGCCGCAGGACCCACACGUCUACCCAGAAUUUGGAGCACAAGCCCAUCAAGAAGGUGAUGGUGGCCAAUAGAGGUGAGAUUGCCAUCCGUGUGUUCCGGGCCUGCACCGAGCUGGGCAUCCGCACCGUGGCCGUGUAUUCUGAGCAGGACACGGGCCAGAUGCACCGGCAGAAGGCUGAUGAGGCCUACCUCAUUGGCCGGGGCCUGCCCCCCGUGGCUGCCUACCUGCACAUCCCUGACAUCAUCAAAGUGGCCAAGGAGAACAACGUUGACGCCAUCCAUCCUGGGUAUGGCUUCCUGUCGGAGCGCGCGGACUUUGCGCAGGCCUGUACUGAUGCAGGGGUCCGUUUUGUUGGCCCUCCGCCCGAAAUCGUGCGCAAGAUGGGAGACAAGGUGGAGGCCCGCACCAUAGCUAUCCGUGCAGGAGUCCCUGUGGUUCCUGGGACAGAUGCCCCGAUCGCUUCCCUGCAGGAGGCCCAGGAGUUCGCCAACACCUAUGGCUUCCCCAUCAUCUUCAAGGCAGCCUACGGGGGUGGUGGCCGAGGCAUGCGGGUCGUCAGGGAGUAUGAGGAGCUGGAGGAGAACUACCAGAGAGCGUACUCCGAGGCUCUGGCGGCUUUUGGCAACGGUGCCCUUUUUGUGGAGAAGUUUAUUGAGAAGCCCCGACACAUUGAGGUUCAAAUUCUUGGUGAUAAGUAUGGCAACGUGAUGCACCUCUACGAGCGCGACUGCUCCAUCCAGAGGAGGCAUCAGAAGGUGGUGGAGAUCGCCCCUGCUGCUCAGCUUGACCCCCACCUACGAGACAGACUGACCGCUGACUCUGUCAACUUGGCCAGACAGGUGGGCUACGAGAACGCGGGUACUGUGGAGUUCCUGGUGGACAAACACGGCAAGCACUACUUCAUCGAGGUGAACUCCCGCCUGCAAGUGGAACACACCGUCACCGAGGAGAUCACAGAUGUGGACCUGGUGCACGCCCAGCUGCACAUAUGCGAGGGCCGCAGUCUGCAUGAACUGGGCCUCAAGCAGGACAAGAUCCGCAUCAACGGCUGCGCCAUCCAGUGCCGCGUCACCACCGAGGACCCGGCCCGCGGCUUCCAGCCGGACACGGGCCGUCUCGAGGUGUUCCGCAGCGGCGAGGGCAUGGGCAUCCGGCUGGACAGCGCCUCGGCCUUUCAAGGCGCCAUCAUCUCACCCCACUACGACUCACUCCUGGUCAAGGUCAUUGCCAGCGGCAAGGACCUCCCCACGGCAGCAGCCAAGAUGAAUCGCGCGCUUGCAGAGUUCCGCAUUCGUGGGGUCAAGACAAACAUCCCCUUCCUCCAGAACGUGCUGAGCAACGACCAGUUCCUGUAUGGGACCGUGGACACGCAGUUUAUCGACGAGAACCAGGAGCUCUUCAACCUGAAGCCCGUCCAGAACCGGGCCCAGAAGCUGCUUCACUACCUGGGUCACGUGAUGGUGAACGGCCCCACCACUCCGAUUCCCGUGAAAGCGAAACCGUCGCCUGUUGACCCGGUUGUUCCCAUGGUGCCCCUAGGUGAUCCGCCAGCAGGCUUCCGUGAAGUGCUUCUGCGCGAGGGUCCUGAGGGCUUCGCACGGGCGGUGCGCGCCCACCAGGGCCUGCUCCUCAUGGACACGACCUUCCGUGAUGCCCACCAGUCCCUGUUGGCCACACGUGUGCGAACCCACGACCUCAAAAAGAUCGCACCCUUCGUCGCCCACAACUUUAGCAACCUGUUCAGCGUAGAGAACUGGGGAGGUGCUACGUUUGACGUGGCAAUGCGGUUCCUCUAUGAGUGCCCAUGGCGGAGGCUGCAGGAGUUGCGUGCGCUCAUGCCCAACAUCCCCUUCCAGAUGCUGCUAAGGGGCGCCAAUGCAGUCGGAUACACCAACUACCCAGACAACGCAGUCUUUAAGUUCUGCGAGGUGGCCAAGGAGAACGGCAUGGACAUCUUCCGCGUCUUCGACUCUCUCAACUACCUUCCAAACAUGCUGCUGGGCAUGGAGGCGGCUGGGGCAGCCGGGGGCGUCGUGGAGGCGGCAAUCUCCUACACGGGCGACGUCUCAGACCCUAUGAGGCAGAAGUAUUCACUGCAGUACUACCUUGAGCUGGCUGAGGAGCUGGUGAAGGCAGGCACACACAUUCUGGCCAUCAAGGAUAUGGCCGGCCUGCUGAAGCCCCAGGCGAGCCGCCAGCUAGUGGGAGCCCUCCGCAACCGCUUCCCUGACAUGCCCAUCCAUGUGCACACGCAUGACACGGCGGGCGCGGGUGUGGCCGCCAUGCUGGCGUGUGCCGAGGCGGGAGCGGACAUCGUCGAUGUGGCUGUCGACCCGAUGGCAGGAAUGACAUCGCAGCCCAGCAUGGGUGCCAUCGUGGCCUGUACCAAGGGCACAAAGUUCAACACUGGCAUCUCCCUGGAGAAGGUGUUUGACUACAGUGAGUACUGGGAGGUGGCCAGAGGACUGUACGCACAAUUCGACUGCACGGCCACCAUGAAGUCGGGCAACGCGGACGUCUACGAGAACGAGAUACCUGGCGGCCAGUACACAAACCUGCACUUCCAGGCCCACAGCAUGGGGCUGGGCAACAAGUUCAAGGAGGUGAAGAAGGCGUAUGUUGAGGCUAACAAGCUGCUUGGAGAUCUCAUUAAGGUGACCCCCUCCUCCAAGAUCGUUGGCGACCUGGCGCAGUUCAUGGUGCAGAACUCGCUAACGCGCACCGAGGUGGAGGAGCGGGCCGACGAGCUCUCGUUCCCGUUGUCUGUCGUGGAGUUCCUGCAGGGCCACGUCGGCAUUCCUCACGGCGGUUUCCCAGAGCCCUUGCGGUCCAAGGUGCUGAAGUCUUUGCCCCGUGUGGAGGGUCGCCCCGGUGCCUCCCUGCCCCCGCUCAACUUCGAGACUUUGGAGAAGCAGCUGCGCGAGGCGCACGGCGAUGACAUCACCCCCGAAGACGUCAUGUCGGCUGCUAUGUACCCCAAGGUCUUCCAGGAGUUCCGUGAUUUUGCCAACACCUUCGGCCCCGUGGAUUGCCUGAACACGCGCCUCUUCCUGGACGGCCCUAAAAUCGCUGAGGAGUUCGAGGUGGAGCUCGAACGUGGGAAGACCCUGCACAUCAAAGCCCUGGCGCUGGGGGACCUGAACAAGGCCGGUCAGAGGGAGGUCUUCUUUGAGCUCAACGGUCAGCUGCGGUCUGUCCUGGUCAGGGACACAGUGGCGAUGAAGGAGAUGCACUUCCACCCCAAGGCCCUGAAAGAUGUGCGGGGCCAGAUUGGCGCACCCAUGCCAGGCAAGGUGGUCGAGGUCAAGGUGAAGGCAGGCCAGAAGGUGGAGAAAGGGCAACCGCUCUGCGUCCUCAGCGCCAUGAAGAUGGAGACGGUGGUGAACUCCCCGCUGGCCGGCACCGUGGCUAAAGUGUACGUCACGCCCGACAGCAGCCUGGAGGGCGACGACCUCAUCCUGGAGAUCACGGAGUAGGGGGUGGCACCCAGGGGCGGGGCAGAUGGGGUUGGGGGGACGUUUGCAGGGAAAGGGCAUUGGGCAGCAUGAAAAGAAUGUUUACAAAGUCUUCCUCACUGCAGAUACAUGGGUGCUGUGUUCCUCCGCAGCGCAGCAGGGCACGCAGGUCUUCGAUUUAAUGGCUUGGUUAAUGACAAUUAGUGUAAACGAGGACAGGGGCUUGUUGGGGGCAGUGGGAUGGGCAGGGAGCCCACAGCUGCGCCGUGAUUGAUGGAUACAGGGUGUGUAUCACACACAGCCUCGCCGCUUCCUCCGCCGGUGGCUUUUUCUCCUUUCCUGUUCGGUGGUGUCGAUUGCAGAAACGCUUUCCAGCAUCUUCUGUGGAACGUGGCUCAGGUGUGGUCACCAGUGAACGUCAGCAUGUGGAUCUAUGGCUGGAAACACUUUGCGUACUUUAGAUUUUUGUGAUUUUUUUUUAAAAGUAUUUUUUUAACCUUCUUAGUUUUGCUACAGAAUGUCAGUGAACGAACAGUCCCAGGGGCUCAUAGUUCUCACAUCAGUUUUUUUUUUUGGUUGUCUUAACCCAAAAGAGAACGCAAACAUGCACACAUACCUACUUUUUGCCUCCACUGUCUAAUUUUGCGUUCCAUCGCGCACGCAAUGACCGUAAGGGAGGCGGCUUUGUUACACACCACACGCCUUCGGCCACCUGCCUUGCUUCACAUGGAAGACGAGUCCUCUCACUUAAACUCAAGUCUUACAGCACGACAUGACUUGAAUGAUCGACCAAAAUGUUUGUUCCGCUUUUCUUCCUGUGUAGCCCAACUCCCCUCCCCAACAAAAAUCAGUGCUUAAGCACACAGCUGUUCUUGACCAACUGCCUUCUGAACCAGCGGCGCUGCUCAGAGUGACGCCUGCUUCAGUACUAAUGAGUCUUUAAAAGAUCCUUGCUCAGGAUCCUCCACAUUCCAGUGUGUUCCAACUCAGGAACAAGUGCUGUCCAACUGGACCAAGCAGUUCUGGUAUUAAAUCCCACUCCACCUUUUGGGCCCUAAUUGUGUAGUUUACUUUCUAUUUCAGAGCCUCGUUCUCCUGCUUGGUCUCGUUCUGAUUUGUACUCCCCUUGUAGCCCAACUGCGUAGACACUUUGAGCACAACUGGGAUGUGUUGGAGUAUCAUACGGAGUGGACACGAGUCUUAGAGCUGCCUGAACCAUAGCUGAGUCCACACGUGUGUGAGAGAGGGUCAUUCUUCUACCAGUUCUCUCAUGUGACCCCAGCUCUUGCUUUCUGCUUACACUUCUAUCAGUUUUUCUCAGCGUUCUCAAGUGUGGAGUCUCCAAACCCUGCCAUCUGUGUCCUCUUGGUUAGUCCUGCCCUUGUUCGCUACUAAAUUGGACCAUGUUUGUUUACAUCAUCAGUGUUUUCGUGACCACUUUAGUGUAACAAAGUCUGACGCUUCUCCGGAGUGCAGUGGCGGGUGUCGAGCAUUUGGACCGAGCACCAUGUCGAUGGUGUCAAAUGGAACUUCGGAGCAAUAAUGGAACGACAGCAUCUCAGUGCCUCCAUGUGAGCACAAUAACUGUUAGAUCCCCGCUAGGUUUAGAUACUGAUAAAAGGAUAAUCGCUAGUAUUUGCUGGUGUGAUCUGGAAACGUGAUU